CUCGAAGUUACCGGUAGUAGUGUUCCAGUGGCAAGAUGGUGGCGGCCAGAAUGCAGCUCACUCUGUACACGGUUUUGCUCCUGAACUUUUUUAACAGUUUUGUUUCAGCCUUGUACUUUCACAUCGGUGAAACGGAAAAGAAAUGUUUCAUAGAGGAAAUUCCAGACGAAACUAUGAUCAUCGGAAACUAUCGCGUGCAGCUGUAUGACAAGAUGAAGGAAGAGUACAUGCCUGCCACUCAAGGACUCGGGAUGUUUGUUGAAGUGAAAGACCCUGACGAGAAGGUUAUCCUGUCCCGUCAGUAUGGCUCAGAGGGCAGGUUCACCUUUACCUCUCAUACACCUGGUGAACAUCAGAUCUGCCUCCAUUCAAACUCCUCCAAGUUCUCCCUUUUUGCCGGUGGGAUGCUUAGAGUUCACCUGGACAUCCAGGUCGGUGAGCACACCAACAACUAUGCAGAGAUUGCCGCCAAAGACAAGCUGACCGAGCUACAACUGCGCGUGCGUCAGCUAGUGGAGCAGGUGGACCAGAUUCAGAAGGAGCAGAACUAUCAGCGGUACCGUGAGGAGCGCUUCAGGCAGACCAGCGAAAGCACCAACCAGAGGGUCCUGUGGUGGUCCAUCGUCCAGACCCUCAUCCUGGUGGCUAUUGGCUUCUGGCAAAUGAGACACCUCAAGAGCUUCUUCGAGGCCAAAAAGCUAGUGUAGUCUAUUAUUUUGUAUCUGUGCAGAGUUCGUUUUUUUUUGUCAUCUUUGUAUGUCUUGGAAGUAUGUACAAGCACAUUGUACAGUGAAUGCAGUAUGCAGACCAUGGGUUUGGUGUUUUUUUCUUUUCUUUUUCUUUUUUUUAAAUGUCGGCAUGCUAGUGGUGGAUUUCUUUGGAUUCAGCUGAUGUCCACAUUUUUUUGGCUUUGAGAUUUGUUUCACAACAUCGGCACUCAUCAUCCCGAAAUGUUUUGGACAUGUUUUUUUUAGCUUGUUUGUCUAAUGUAAAAGUUAUUUUCUCUAAACAUCAAUCUCAUGUUAAGUGGACUCAUGGCGAGGUCAGAGAGAUGCUUUUCAGACCUUUUCCCCUUUCAGUGCCAUGAAAGGCUUCAAAACCACUGCCGAUAGCCCCAUACAUUUUCACUAAUGUGGUUCUCAGUUACAGAAGUUCACAUGACACCGUGCAUUUUCUGUUCUUCAGAUUAGAAGGCAUUUUCUUGCGCAUACUAGACAUCUGCCAUGUGGACUUACAGCUUUCAACUGGAGAGUAAACUAGCCUACACAUAUCCCAUUCACCCCAACUGUGUGUUUGAUAGUUUACUUGUAAUGGUUUGUUACUGUAGAUGAUAUUUAAGGUUUUUUUUGUUUUGUGUAGAUUGAAAUGAAUGUAUGGAUUUUUUUGGAUAUUGUUUUGUUCUCUUGUUUUUUUUCUGUCAGCACAUUUUACAACCUCACACAAGCUAGCUACAUUCAUCUUGGAGAACUUCAAGACAUCAUUUCACAUGUAUCUUUCGGUGGCAUCCAGCUUAUUUAGAAGGUCAUUGCUGAAAAGAAAAACACAGAUGUCACAGUGAGACUUUUGAAAUACACAACGUUUCUACUGCCCGUGAUUAUGUUUGCCCCCCAAACCCCAACCCCAACCUCACCCUUUCCACCUCCAUAUGGUCUGCAAUUGGUUGCAGGACAGAAUUAGAAGGAGCCCCUUGUCCAUAGCACUGGUGAAGCUCGCCAAAUCCGGCUAGCUUUCUGUAUCCGAAAGGAAACUACGUGAAAGAAAAAAAAUAUUUGUACAUUUGUGUAAAAACCGGUACAGCAAUCAUGAGCUUUGUUUUUGGGAAGGGGUAUGAUUUUUUUUCAAAUGUCUUCUUUCCCAACCAUGCAAGUAAAUGCUCAGGUAGUCAUCUCAGAAAGCAGCAUACAUUUGAACACAGUGUGUGAGGAAUGUGGUAUUUGGCCAUAGAUUAAUGUUUGACAUUAAAAAGUCAUCACAUCCCAGAUCCCACAAUAAAUUGUGAGGAGGGGAGAACGCCUACGUUUGCAUAGGAUGCAAAUGUGAGUGCCAUGUAUUGUACAUUCAUUCGACAUUGUUGAAAAAAAAAUGUUUUGUUUUCACGAAGAUGUGAUCAUAACUCUGUGAACUACUGUUGGAGUGGCACUGAUGACUACGGAUCCAGCAUGGAGCCCAUGCUUGCUGAUGGCCAAUACCAUCCUGUGUCUUUUGUUUCCAAACAUCUGGCUGUUUUUAUUACAACUAUGUAGACUUUUCAGAAGUCGCAUUUUGGAGUCGCUGAGGGCUGAGGCUUUUUAUUUUCUAAGAUAUCUUGGGUGAAAGGUAAUUAUAUAUGCGUCAAAACACGUUUGUAAUUGCACUCAAAGGAAAUAAAGUUUUGGCUCGUUUUA